AUGGAUGGCCUAUUUCUCGUCAGCACCAUCAUGAGUUUCUUCAAUCUGGUGCUAAAUGUGGGCGUUCUUGUACUUCUGCUUCUUCUUAGAGGCAAACCCAAAAUGUUUCUGUACCAGCUGCGCGCCAUGCUUGCUUCUGUAGUUCUCUACAGCUUCAUCAGAACCUGCGACCGUGUCAUACCUAGACGACUCUAUCGCCCAUCUCCAAUUUGGGGUGCGUUUUUGUGUCACAUAUGGGCAAGCCGUUAUCUCUCUCUGGUCGCCUACACACUUGCGGUCCUUUGCUUGAAUUUCAUGGUUGGAAAUAGAGCCAUUCAAAUUGCCUGCAGAUAUCAGUACUCUUUCUCCACGUCUGUUGCUGCGAAUCUCGCUUAUCCCUGUGGUUUUUGCUUACUUAGCAUCAUCUCUAUGAUCCCCCAAACACUUAUAGUGCAAUGGGAUGGCAAAAAAUGUAACUGUCUUGAUACGGACGUGUCCUACGGGGCGCUAGUGUCUCUCUACACUGAAACUUUCGUUCGUUUUGGCUUGACUGCGGUCAUCAGUGUCAUUAUCUUAAGCAUUUCCUGCUAUGACAUCAUCCACUGGGUGCGCAACACACCACCUGAGCAGCUUUCGGACACCUGGAACAUUGUAUAUCUACCCGGCAGUACAAAGAAGCAGCUACAGACGUUUAGCCGACCGCAGGGUUGGCUGACGACUUCCCUCUGCACGGUACCACUUUCGGUAAAUUUCUUAGUCUUCAGCAUCUACGACACAGGCUACAAAUUCAUCUGCGCUGCGGGGUUGUGUACCAUAAGGCUAGACUCACCAUUACAUAGGGCAGACCGUCUUCUUACCGAUAUUCAACUGUUUCUCCUGCCUAUCAUAAUCACCGUCUACAUUCCGGCACUGCGAGAAUUACCUGUGCGUUUUUGGCAAAAACUUGUUGCACUAGGCGUCAAGUUACGCACGGGAUCAUGCGUGACGAGCGAACGUGGGCAGCAGAACUCUGAUCUUCCCUAG